ACUGUCAGUUGCUGCCUCGCUGCUCUAUCAUUGACGUCGUUGGUUGAAGCUUCAACAAAUACAUCAACACUUCUAAGGCACAAUUCAUUGAAGCAUCGAUUGGAAAAGCGCAGGCAGCAUCAAGUUUAGGAUGAUGCGGCAUACCACGCUGGGCUCUAUUCUGCUGCUGGCAGUCACAUGUAUUAUGGCAGCAAGAGCUGACACCGUUAUUGAAUUCGACAUCACGAAGAUGGAUUGGACAUACGUUGAAGGACCGCUCGGAAUGAGCGGAACGACGACGUUAAAAGUGUGUAGAGCGACUGAUUUUGCGGAUCCAGAGAGCGUCAUUCUUGAGGUAUCACCAAAUCCUCCGGGGGUGGAAACACCAUACUUAGGUGCGGUGGACACUGAUCCAAAGUGUGCAGUAUUUUCAGUGGAUGGAGAUGUCCUGCCUGACUCGACUGAAAGAAUAUAUAAGCUCGUUUUUGAAACGACUGCUGGAGGGACAGAGAGAGGUUCAAUAACUUAUUCGAUGACUUUUUCAGACCCUGUCUUUAAACUGAGUUGCUAUGAAAUCGAGUACGUGCGACUCAGUAUGGUAACCGGCCAUCUGACGGCUGACUCCUGCCCCGCCUCAAGCUCUUCAGACACGCCGCCACUCUCCAUUUGUUAUGCGCGAACAGAUACAGGCACUGUGUGUGCAAAUCAACUGGACACUAACUCACCCAAUACUAUUGUCUGCGUGCCAAUACCGCCGACAACGGCCUCUGAUGCUACGCCGACAACAAGUACAGUAAAAGCUCUAAGCUACGCAAACAAACUGCUAACGGCUACCGAUCCUACAGUCUCUGAGAUGCUGAUACGCAAAUAUGCAGAUGCUCCUACUGAUUUCACUUUGGAAUUCUGUACGAAUGCGGUGUGCCCUGUGCCCGACACAUUCACUGUGGGUGAAGAUAAAUAUGAACUUUGCUUCGUUAACUCUGUCAGCGGCGUCACUGGAGUAGCAAAAGAUGAAUUUCAAGAUUUGUCACUGGCAGCCCUGCCCUCCAAAACGUCCGUCGAUUUGCGCUUCCUUAACCUAAACCCUGAUAGGAAGUACUUGAUAUACAAAACGACCAACGCGGACGCCGUAGAACCCGUAGACCAAAACACCAUCAAUUUGGAUUGCUCCAACAUCAAUUUGGGGUCUUAUUGCUAUGGAUUUUUUGAGUCAGAGGAUGGGAUUACAUUGCCUGACUUCAUCGCCAUCUCAUACGACGAUGCCGAUAAAAGCAACGUGAUAAUUUCUCCAAGUACUUUCCCUGCAUCAUCGGUGGAACAGAAAUCUUAGUCAGAUUCCGUUAAUAUGAAGACAAUAUGAAUGAAAAGAUUGACAAUGUAACUGUAGGCGAAGGUAAUUUCUGUGUACCUGUCGGAAAGUAGGUGAAAAUUAUAAUGAUGAUAGUCAAAAGAUCUAACUCUCACUUCUUAACCAUAAAGCACUCCUGAUUUCAUAGCUCAAAUCUACAAGCAAAUUUACAGACUUCCUAUCUAUUACUUACUUUAAACUUUCACUUAUUGCUGGGAGUUUAAUCCAUUUUAAUUUUCAGUCAGUUAUAAAUGGCCAACCUUGAAUACCAGUGAGUUAUAUAACACACGGAUCAAUAAAUUCAAACUCUGCAACGUAUGCUGGUCUUAAAAUAAAUAA